AUUACUUUCAGUUUUAUUUGGUCACAUAAACCCUAGCUUGCCCCAAAACCAUUGCCAUCGACCGGCAACAUGGCCUCAGCCGCUGACGACGGAGCUGGUUUGGACGCUCUUAACAGGCUCGCAUCCACUGAGGCACCGCUCUACUUAACGCCAUCUCAUGAGCUCUCGAAUUUGGCUCGUUUAGCCUCUGAGACCUUGUUUGCUUCCCUCAAUCCUUAUGUCCCUAAACCUCUGUUGAUUCGCCUCUCAACGCAAGGCUUCGAUGCAGAGCAGAUAUGGCAGCAAAUUGACCUCCAAUCCCAGCCCCUCCUCUCCUCCCUCCGCCGCCAUCUCAGGAAUUUCGAGAAGAAUCCAUCUGAAAUCGAAAAGCAAUUCAAUUUGGACAGAGAUGUUGUAAAAGAAGACAAUUUGCUUGAAAUUGGACAAAAUAAUGAGAGUGAAAGUGAGAAUUUUGAUGAUGAUGACGAUGAGGAUGGGGACGAGGAUGACGACGCCGACGAAGAGGAAGAUGGGGAUGGGGAUGAUGCUGAGGAUGAGGAUGGCAAUGGUGAAAAUGUGAAGGGAGUAGAGGAUAAAUUUCUAAAGAUAAAGGAACUGGAGGAGUAUUUGGUUGAAGACGAGGAGAGGGAAUAUGGUCUAAAGAAAGAGAAGAAGGAUAAGAUGAAGAGAGCCAAAAUUGCAGAUGAGGACGAGGAAGAUGAAAGCGAAGAAGGCGGUGAAGACGAGGAUGAUGAGCUUGGACUUAUGGGGCUCGGAGAUGAUGAGAGUGACCUGGAGAAUGCAAGGUAUGACGACUUCUUUACUUCUCAAAAGAAAACCAGCCAGAAGAAAAAACCUAAGUAUGAAGAUGAAUCAGAAUCAGAAGACAUGGAUAUGGAUAUGGACGAACCAGAGGAUGAUGAUAGCGACCAGAAUGAACAAAGUCAUCCGACCCAUGGAAAAGAGUUGGGGCAACUCCGUGCUAAGGUAGAAGAGCUGGAAAAGGCAAAUAUUCAGGGCAAGACAAAACAAAGUCUUUCUACCCAUGAAAAAGAGCUAGAGAAACUCCGUGCUGAGAUAGAAGAAAUGGAAAGAGCGAACUUGGAACCAAAGACAUGGACAAUGCAGGGGGAGGUUAAUGCUGCUAAAAGACCAAAAAAUAGUGCUUUGGAAGUCGAUAUGGAUUUUGACCAAAAUGUGAGACCUCCUCCUGUUACAACAGUGGAGAACACUGCAUCUCUUGAAGAACUUAUUAUGAAACGUAUAAUUGAGGGACAAUUUGAUGAUGUCCAGAGGCCACCUACUUUAUUAAACAAAGCACCAAAAGAGAGAAAAGAAAUGGAUGAAAAUAAGAGCAAAAAGGGCCUUUCUGAACUUUAUGAGGACGAGUAUGCUCAAAAGACUGGCCUCGUGUCUACUGCGUUGUCUUUCUCAGAUGAACAAAAGAAAGAAGCAAGUAUGCUAUUCAAGACUCUCUGCCUCAAAUUGGAUGCUCUAUCCCAUUUCCACUUCUGUCCAAAACCGGUUAUUGAAGACAUGUCCAUACAAGCAAAUGUCCCUGCUCUGGCAAUGGAAGAGGUUGCACCUCUGGCUGUGUCUGAUGCAGCUAUGCUAGCUCCGGAAGAAGUAUUUUCUGGUAAAGGCGACAUUAAAGAAGAAACUGAGCUAACAAAGGAAGAUAGAAAGAGAAGAAGGGCAAAGAAGAAAAGACAGUUUAAAGCUGAGUCUGUCAAACGAAUGGCAGUAAAGACACAGCUAAGCACAUUGAAGAAACCCGAGAAUGUUGCAGGGACCGUGGAGUGAUGAAUGGCACUUUGAAUGAAAUGUUUUCUUGUCUUUUACUGCUGUAAACUAGCCAGAGUGUCGUCCGUGCCCGGUAGUCUUCUUAUAGUCUCGUGGCCUCAAUAAUUAUGCAAGUGGAAGAAGGAAGAAACUGGCAGUGAAGUGGAGGAAUAUAUACGCGGAAUAAUCACACAAUUGGAGGUGUGUUGAUCUUGGCUUGCCAUAUGUGAGCGUCUUAAACGCACUCCACCAUUGUAAACAUAACCUUCCUUUUUUAUUAAUUUAUACAGAAGAAAUAGACUGUUAUCCGAUCAGGGAGAAUGAUAUUAGUCGAUUGGUAAUCUUGAUUCAACUUCA